CCUAAAUUCUUUCACCCAUUUGCUUUCAAAACAACGCGGUUUUGAGCAAAUCGGACAACAACAACAACAACAACACUGUUAAAACAGAGAAAUAAAACAACCCAACAAAAAAGCUCUCCCCACCUCCAUUUCUUUGGCCGGCAAUCGCUUCUGAUUCCCUGCCAUCAUCUCACAUUUUCUUUCUUUCAUCCUUAGAGGUUUGAGUUCUAACUAAAUGGGUGAUCACUUGGUUCUGGAUGUAAAUCUGGUGAAGCCUGUGGGCGGAGAAAACGUAAAAAAGACCGAGGAGAUGGUGGGCCCCUCAUCUUCCACAGACGUAGCUCGUGCAGUGGAUGAAAACGGGGCCUUGGAUGAUGAAGAAGCGCCUCUAUUAACAAUAGCAGAGUGUCGUAUUUGCCAAGAGGAAGAUUCAAUCGAUAAAUUGGAGACACCAUGUGCUUGCAAUGGUAGUCUUAAGUAUGCUCACAGGAAGUGUGUUCAACAUUGGUGCAAUGAAAAGGGUGACAUCACUUGUGAGAUAUGCCACCAACCUUAUCAACCUGGCUAUAUUGCUCCUCCUCCCCGACCUCGCUUGGAAGAGACCACCAUUGAUAUCGGGGGAGGAUGGCAAAUCUCAGGAACGCCAAUGGAUUUGAACGACCCACGUCUCUUGGCAAUUGCUGAAGCUGAACGCCAAUUUCUGGAAGCCGAAUACGAGGAUUACAAUGCAUCAAAUGCCAGUGGAGCUGCAUUUUGUCGUUCAGCUGUUUUAAUUUUAAUGGCUCUUUUGCUACUACGACAUGCGGUAAUUGUGCCGGAUUCUGACGGAGAUGGAGAUGAAGAUGCAUCUACUUUCUUGACCCUUUUCUUGCUUCGGGUUGCUGGGUUUCUUCUGCCGUGCUACAUCAUGGCCUGGGCCAUCAGCAUCUUGCAGCGUCGAAGGCAAAGACAGGAGGCGGCAGCAUUGGCGGCAUCACAGAUUGCAUUUGUAUUGCAAAGAAGAGGCUUGCACUUUGCCAUAGCACAAGCCCCGGCCCCGGCUGCCGUUGCGAUUCCGGUCGUGACUCCACAGGAGAAUAAUGUUUGAUUUUGAUUGAAAUACCAAAAAGGGGAGGAAAAUAUAAACAACUCUAUUGCCUGUUGUAACAGUUUGCUCAUAUGACUUUCCAAACAGUCUUUGUUUUGUGAUGUGUACAGAGAAAUGAGAAUUAUUUGUGAUGAAGCUUUUUAUUUUAAAUUUC